AUGAGACUCUUCCUCAGCCUUACGGCCCUCAUCACGACCGCUACCGCUUGCACGAUCCCAGGCACACCCCUCUCCAACAACAUCGCCAGUGAUUUCCGAGUCCAAGUCCAAAAUGCCUCCUACCCCGCAGUCCAUAACAAGUAUAUGAACCUGAUGGUCUCUGGAGGUGGUGACCGGCACCUGUUUGUCGGAGGUUCGCCACAAGCGGGCGACACCACUACCAACCUGCGUCUCAUCAAUGGGUCGAUCAAUUGGGUCUCCAUUAACGCUGUCAUUGGCGGCGAGGAAUCCACCAUCGACGACACUGUCAAGAUGUUCAUGACGGAACGCGGUGACCCGAGAGCCCUCUUCCAGCCGACGUAUGCUUGCAACCCGGACACCGACACGUUGCAGACCGAGCUGCGGUUCGUGGGGAAGCAGAAUGCGACGCCCGGAGGCUGGAUUUGCGUGCGGCCUUCGUUCGAUGGUAGUCAUGAGUUUCGGUAUUAUCCUCCGGGGAACACCAAGAAUGAUCCGAACCGAUUCUGCAUCAAAGUAACUUUGGUCGCCGUUCCCACGUAA